GUUUGGGAGGGAAGGCCCGAUUAGUUGUAAAUAGAAAUAUCGGCGUCCUGCGCGCGGUUGGUACGAUCCACGCCGGGGAUCCCUGCUGCUUCGGCCGGCGCUUCAAGUUUCCCGGGCCGGGAGCGCGGCGCCUGCUGGGAAGGCGCCGGGACCGUUGUCCGGCCCGGCGGCGGUCGCGCGGGAGCUGCGACAUGCAGAGCACAGACCUGGGCAGCAAGGAGAGCGGCAAGAUAUGGCACCGCAAGCCAUCCCCGGCCACUCGGGACGGAAUUAUAGUGAACAUCAUUCACAACACUUCGGAUUACCUUCCCAAGGUUUUAAGAUUUUUGAACGUGGCUUUUGAUAGCUCAGGUGAUUGUUUAAUUGCUGGGGACCAUCACGGAAAUAUCUAUGUUUUUGACUUGUGUGGAAACAGGUUUAAUCUCGUUCAGCGAACAACACAAGCUUGCACAGCUCUGGCCUUUAAUCUUCAUCGGAAGUCUGAAUUCCUUGUGGCGUUAGCUGAUUAUUCUAUUAAAUGUUUCGAUACAGUCACCAAGGAGCUGGUUAGCUGGAUGAGAGGGCAUGAAUCAUCCGUGUUUUCCAUCUCUGUGCACGGAUCAGGGAGAUACGCCAUUACCACCUCCUCUGAUACAGCACAGCUCUGGGACUUGGAUACCUUCCAGAGAAAAAGAAAGCUGAAUAUUCUCCAGUCUGUGGGAAUACAGAAGGUUUUCUUUCUACCAUUCAGUAAUACCAUCCUCAGCUGUUUUAAAGAUAAUUCCAUCUUCGCCUGGGAAUGUGAUACUCUUGUUUGCAAAUAUCAAUUGCCAGCUCCACCUGAAAGCUCUAAUAUAUUAUACAAAGUGUUUGCCGUGACCAGGGAUGGCCGAAUCCUGGCUGCAGGGGGCAAAUCAAAUCAUAUUCAUUUGUGGUGCUUGGAAGCUAAACAGCUAUUUAGAAUUAUCCAGAUGCCCACCAAAGUUCGUGCCAUCCGCCAUCUGGAAUUUCUUCCUGAUAGUUUUGAUGCUGGUUCUAAUCAGGUUCUUGGAGUGCUAAGUCAGGAUGGUAUUAUGAGAUUUAUUAAUAUACAGACUUGUAAACUUCUCUUUGAAAUUGGAAGCCUUGAUGACGGAAUUAGCUCAUCAGUAAUUAGCCCACAUGGACGGUACAUUGCAUCUAUUAUGGAAAAUGGCAGUCUGAACAUAUACUCAGUUCAGACUUUAACGAAAGAAAUAAAUAAGCCACCUCCUCCUUUAGUGAAAGUGAUUGAGGAUUUGCCUAAGAAGAAAGGGAAUUCUGGUGAUCUUAAGGUGAAAGUGACAUCAGGAAGAGUACAGCGGCCGGCGAAAUCAAGGGAAAGCAAAAUACAGACCAGAAUAUUGAAACAAGACCUGACUGGUAGUUUUGAAAAGAAAGAGAAUGAGUUGUCAGAUGGAUUAAACAAAAAGCGUUUACAAAUCUUAUUAAAAGGCUAUGGUGAAUUUCCAACGAAAUACAGAAUGUUCAUUUGGCGCUCACUGCUACAGCUGCCUGAAAAUCAUACAGCAUUUAGUAACCUUAUAGAUAAAGGCAUUCAUGUGGCAUUUCUCAACCUUCAGAAGAAAUACCCCAUCAAAAGCAGGAAGCUACUCAGGGUAUUACAGAGAACCCUCUCUGCAUUAGCUCACUGGUCCACCAUUUUUAGUGACACACCAUAUCUUCCACUUCUGGCAUUUCCAUUUGUAAAAUUAUUCCAGAACAACCAGCUCAUCUGUUUUGAAGUUGUUGCUACGCUUAUAAUCAAUUGGUGUCAACACUGGUUUGAAUAUUUUCCUAAUCCUCCUAUCAAUAUUCUUAGUAUGAUAGAAAAUGUUUUGGCAUAUCAUGACGAGGAACUCCUGCAACACUUCAUAAAUCAUGAUGUAACUUCCCAGCUGUAUGCAUGGCCUCUUCUUGAAACUGUGUUCUCAGAAGUACUGACAAGAGAGGAGUGGCUCAAAUUAUUCGAUAAUGUCUUUUCCAACCAUCCUUCGUUCCUCCUGAUGACUGUUGUGGCCUACAACAUGUGUUCUCGAGCACCUUUGCUCAACUGUAAGCGUAAAGAUGAUUUUGAGUAUUUUUUUCACCAUCGGAAUAACCUGGAUAUAAGUGCUGUAAUUAGAGAGGUGUAUCGUCUCCUGGAUACCACACCCACUGAUAUCCAUCCAGACAACAUGCUUGAUGCUUUUGUUGCGCUGACCAAAGGGCAAUAUCCAGUGUUUAAUCAAUAUCCCAAGUUCAUUGUGGACUAUCAGACACAAGAACGAGAAAGAAUACGGAAUGAUGAAUUGGAUUACUUAAGAGAGAGGCAGGCAGUUGAAGACAUGCAAGCUGAAGUCGACCAGCAAAGAGUUGAAGAUGAAGCUUGGUACCAAAAACAGGAACUGCUUCGUAGAGCUGAGGAAACAAGGAGAGAAAUACUCUUACAAGAGGAGGAAAAGAUGAUACAGCAAAGACAGAGACUAGCUGCUGUGAGAAGAGAGUUGAAAGUAAAGGAAAUGCACUUACAAGAUGCUGCAAGAAGACGUCUCCUGCAGCUUCAACAAGAUCAGCGUGAAAUGGAGCUAAGAAGGCUGGAUGAUGAAAUUGAGAGAAAGGUACACAUGAGAGAUCGAGAAAUUGCUGCCACAGCCAAAGACCUGGAAAUGAGGCAUCUGGAGCUCGAAUCACAAAAAAGACUCUAUGAGAAGAAUCUCUCUAGAAAUCAAGAAGCUGUUGCAAAAGAAAUGAGGGAAAAUGCAGAUGCCUAUAGACAGAAAGCGGAUCUUGAAGAACACAUGUUUCAUAGACUGAUAGGAACUGAUCAAACUCAGAACCAAAAAAUUCAUAAGUUAAUUGAAGAAAAUUUGGCGAAAGCGGAACAAGCAUGUCUAAAUACUGAUUGGCGAAUUCAAGCUUUACAUAAACAAAGGUGCAGUGAUCUACACCGAAAUGAAUGUUACCAAGAAAUAGCUAAACUCCUUCGGAAAAACAGGAAGAAAGAAAUAGAAGUAUUAAACGCCAUGAUGGAAGGGGAAGCUAAAAAGUGGGAGGAAGCUGAAGAAAAAGACUUUCAUUUGAAAUCAGAAAAGAAAACUGCUGCUCUUUCAGAUGCAUCUAGAAGAUGGUUCCUAGAGAAAGAGAUACAUGAUGCUCAGCAUCCAUGUGAUAAAGUAGUACCAAAGUGCCGAGAUGAACAGGUCGCCUCAGGCUGUCUGCCUAGAACCUCACAAUUAAAUGACAUUUCUGAAAUGGAGUCCUUGACACAGAUUUCAUUAAACCAGAGAAAAAUGCAUUGGGACGCCAUGGAACAGGAUCUCAUGGAGAGAGUGAGGAACCUCCGCCAGAGACUUGCCACCCAGGCUCAGAACAGGUGUCAAACGCCUCACCUUUUGGCCACAUAGGAGGCUGGUCACCUUGAGACAGUCAGAGAGCAAGAUACUUAUUUUGCAAUCAGUGCUGCUGAUUUUCAGAUUAUUUAUUUUAAAUGCCUAUAAAGAUCAACCUUUUGUACAAAAAAUGUGUGUAUAAAAAUUAUGUGUUCUUAAUUCUGGUGCUUUGGGACUUGUAAAUGGCUUAUUAUACUUUUCACAAUAAAAAAAUAUUUGAAGCUUUUAAA